UGACUCCCCAUGUUUGUCGUCCGGACUCUAUCGAUUUACACUGCAACAUCAGUCAAGUUCAAUAUCUUCCGGUUUUCCAAAUGGCCCCUCAAACCAUCCCCCAAAGACUAGAGACAGUCAAACGCGUCCAAAGAAUCAUGGCCCUCGGAUACUCGAGCAUGGGCGCAUGCUCAAAUCUACAUCAUCUAGGUGUCUGUUGCAUCCAACGUCCGUAAUCCAUCUCUGCCUUACCGCAGCGUACAUCUCCACAGAUCGCACAACACUGCUUCUUAUGCGCUGCUUCGGUGCACAGGCCACGACCUGUGGUCUACUUCUGGGUAUAGCCAAUAUGACUCGGCAGAGCUUCACGGUCUUUGGCCUCUCCAUGGUUCCAUAUCUCGCGUUCAAUGCUUGGUUUGGACUUGGGCAUGGGAAGGGGGUUUUUACGCAGUGGUUGUGGUUGGACUUCGUUGGGAAUGUGACUUUUGGAUUGGGAUCGUUAUAUUGUGCUAGGUUACUGGGACAGAAUGAGGACGAGGGAUGCAAAACGCGAAGGAAUGAAUAGUAGUUGACUUGGAUUAGGAUCCUUGUGUGGGGAUUCAAUAAACGGUGAACACUAGGUGGAUAUAAGCAUAGUUCA